UUUUCCGUCGGUCAUUCGCGUUAUAAAGAAGGCUACCCCCCCUCCCCGCCAACUACACUCGAAACCAAACAUCCAGAAUUAGGAUCUGCCUUCAAUCUAGCAAUGGCGGAAAAGAUCUCCACGUUAGAGAUAAAAGUUGACCUAGGCUGCCGGUAUUGCUACAAAAAGAUUCAAAAGACUCUAUGCAAGCUCCAAGAACGGGAGAACAUAAAAACCAUCUCCUAUGACAAGAAGAACAAUACUGUCACAAUCUCCGGCCCAUUCGAUCCCGAGAAGCUCUCCAAGAAGCUCCGCUGCAUGGCCUGCAAGGUGAUCAUAGCCAUAAUAAUUGUAGUGGAGAAACCGAAACCGAAGCCGCCGGCACCGCCGCCACCCCCACCAGUACCUUGCAAAUGUUGUUGCAAGGUGUGCAACAACAUUAAAAUCAUAUCAUGUGACCAUCACAAGGAUCCCAAAUGCACGGUGACUAAGAAGGUGAUCAAGGAUCCUACUCCCGAGAAGGAAAAGGAUGAUAAGGAUAAAAAAACUACCGAAAAAGAAACUAAAAAGAAGGUGAUCAACGACAUUGAGAUCAUAAUAUGUGAGCAUCCAAAAUGCCCGGAUUCCUGCACGGAGCCGCCAAAAAAGAUAAAGUGUCUACCACCGUGUGAACCACCAUGUCAACCACCGUGUGAAUCACCAUGUCAGCCAAAGUGUGAACCACUGUGUCCACCACCGUGUGAACCACCGUGUCCACCACCGUGUCCGCCACCGUGUCAACCACCAAUUUGUCAGGUUUGUUGCUGGAUGCCCAGCUCUGGCGGGUACCAAGGAGGGUCUCGGUGUUACUCUUGUGGAAGGAUCUACGGAUGUGCGCCUGAUUGUCCACCAAUGCCCUAUGGUGGAACCUCUUAUGGAGGAUACCAGUUCAUUCUUAAGGAGGAUCCAUCAGCGUCAUGUACCAUCAUGUGAUCAUGUGUAUCCGUGUUUUUCCUUUGCCAAAACUAAUAACAGUAAUAAGGGCGAACGAUGUAUGAUUUAUGGGGGAAUAAUGUGGAAAUAAAAUGUUAUUUCAGUGUAAUAUUUUCAUUUGGAAUAUUGUGUGAAAGGAAUAUUUUAUAUAUGCUUGAUAAU